AGGGAUAGGUAGAGAGAUCGAGAAAUUUAAUGCAUGUAGAAUUUAUAUUUAGAUAUAUAUAUAUAGACAUAUACAAACACAUAUAUAUGUGUAUAUUUCCAGUGGAAAACUGCAUAAAGGAUACCUCAGAAAAAAAUGAUGUGAUUAGGAUGGAGAGACGAAGGAAGAGAGAGGGAACAGGCUCGUGAAAAAUAGUACUUGUACUCGUCUCUGGCACGUCUUCAGUCUUCUCUCACGGCAGCAAUGCCAAAUCUCUCUCUCCUAUUGGCCCUUCUGAUGUGGGUGGGGCUUGUCAGCCCCAAUCCCACCCUCUUGCUCCGUCCCCGGGAGAGGGAACGAGACCCCGGGUCUUCCGGCAACUUCAACAUCGCCGUCAUUAACGCAGGGCCGUCGCUGCAUGCCGACACGGGGAUGGGCACGCAAGCUGCUGGGAGCGGAGGCCGGGUCCUGUACCCGGGUAUGAGCUCUGGCAGGGUCUCCAGCAGUCUCGGGGACAGCGUGGUGACACAGUGGGGCUCGGCCAAUGUCAUCUGGCUGGCGGUGAACGACAGCAGCCCCCGGACCCUGUUGCUGCAGCUGUGCGAGCUGAUGGCCUCGCGCCCCCUGCAGGGGCUGGUCUACGAGGAGGAGCGCCUCACCCCCCGCAGCCCCCUGGGACCCAUGCUGGAGUUCGUGUCCGCCCAGACGGGACUCCCCAUUGUGGCAGUGGGCGGCGGUGCCGGCUUGGGCCGCAUGCCGCAGGAGAGUGGCUCCAUCUAUCUCCAGUUCAGCUCCUCCACGGCCCUCCAGCUAGAGGUCAUCUUUGAGGUGCUGGAGGAGUACGACUGGACGGCCUUCUCGGUCGUGACCACCCGUCACCAUGGCUACCAGGACUUCCUGUCGAUCGUGGAGGGCCUGACGGACGACUCCUUCAUUGGUUGGGAGAAGAGGAGCGUAGUGAUGCUGAAUCUCACCGAUGACCCGGGAGGCACCCGCACCAGGAGGCUCCUGAAGGAGAAUGAGGCGCAGGUGCGCCUAUUGUACUGCUCGCAGGAAGAGGCGGAGCUGGUGUUCAGGGCGGCCUGGGCAGCCGGUCAGGCGGGGCCUUCGCACAUGUGGUUCGCGGUGGGCCCUGCCCUGACCGGCCUGGGCCUCGAGGGGCUGCCCAGGGCUCUGUUUGCCGUCAGGCCCCAGGGCUGGAGGGACGAGCCGCGCCGGAGGAUUGCCAGGGGCGUGCUGGUCCUUACCCACGGCGCCGCCGCCCUCAGGAAGGAGUACGGCGCCGUGGGGGGGCUCAACUUUGUCAGCAACUGUCAGACGGACUACAACCAGACCCAGAGAGUGCCUGACCGGAUAAGGUUCUUCAGUAACAUAACGCUGGGUGGACGGGACUACUCCUUCAACAACGACGGCUACCUGGCCAACCCGUCCUUAGACGUCAUCUCGUACACGCCUGGGAGGGGCUGGGAGGAGGUGGGCUGGUGGGAGAAUGGCAUCCUGCGUCUCCGCUACCCGGCCUGGUCUCGGUACGGACCAUUCUUGCAGCCCCCGGAUGAUGCGCAGCACCUGCGGGUGGUCACGCUGGAGGAGAGGCCCUUUGUCAUCGUGGAGCCUGCGGACCCCGCAUCUGGCACCUGCAUCCGUGACUCCGUUCCCUGUCGGAAGCCCCUCAACGACAGUGUGGCCAUGGAGGGCAUGGUCCCCAUGAAGCAGUGCUGUAAAGGCUUCUGCAUUGACAUCCUCAAGCGACUGGCCAGGAUCGUGGGCUUCACCUAUGACCUUUACCUAGUAACCAAUGGGAAGCACGGCAAGAAGAUCGAUGGCGUGUGGAACGGCAUGGUGGGAGAGGUGGUGUACAAGCGCGCCGACAUGGCCAUCGGCUCGCUGACCAUCAACGAGGAGAGAUCAGAAGUAGUGGACUUCUCCGUGCCUUUUGUGGAGACAGGCAUCAGCGUGAUGGUCUCCCGGAGCAAUGGCACCGUGUCCCCCUCUGCCUUCCUUGAGCCCUACAGCCCGGCCGUAUGGGUGAUGAUGUUCGUCAUGUGUCUGACCGUGGUCGCAGUAACUGUGUUCAUCUUUGAGUUCUUCAGCCCUGUCGGGUACAACCGCAGCCUGCAAAGUGGCAAGAAGGCGGGUGGAUCCAAGUUCACCAUUGGGAAAUCGAUCUGGCUGCUGUGGGCGCUGGUGUUUAACAACUCAGUCCCCGUGGAGAACCCGAAAGGCACCACCAGCAAGAUCAUGGUGCUGGUGUGGGCCUUCUUCGCCGUCAUCUUCCUGGCCAGCUAUACCGCCAACCUGGCCGCGUUCAUGAUUCAGGAGGAAUACAUCGACACCGUUUCCGGACUGAGUGACAAAAAGUUCCAGCACCCCACAGAGCAAUACCCCCCCCUCAAAUUUGGGACAGUCCCCAAUGGCAGCACGGAGAAGAACAUUCGCAGCAACUACCCGGACAUGCACCAGUACAUGGUCAAAUACAACCAGAGGGGGGUGGAGGAGGCCAUAACCAACCUCAAGACCGGCAAACUGGACGCCUUCAUCUAUGACGCCGCAGUCCUGAACUACAUGGCCAGGAAGGAUGAGGGCUGCAAGGUUAUGACCAUCGGCUCGGGGAAGGUCUUCGCCACCACUGGCUACGGCAUCGCCCUGCACAAGAACUCCCGCUGGAAGCGGCCCCUGGACCUCGCCCUGCUCCAACUGGUGGGAGACGAUGAAAUUGAGAUGCUGGAGCGCCUCUGGCUGUCAGGGAUCUGCCAUAAUGACAAGAUCGAGGUGAUGAGCUCUAAGCUGGACAUCGACAACAUGGCGGGGGUCUUCUACAUGCUGCUGGUGGCCAUGGGCCUGAGUCUGUUGGUCUUUGCUUGGGAACAUCUGGUCUAUUGGAGGCUUCGUCACUGUGUGGGGCCUUCUAGCAAACUGGACUUUCUCCUGGCAUUCAGCAGGGGUAUGUACAGCUGCUGCAGCUUCGAGGAUGAAACGGCCCCUGCAGGAGUCAAACCUUCCCUGCCCUCCCAUCACCAUGCUGCCAUGGGGGUCCCUCCACCCCAACCUCAUGUCAUCACGACGACCGUCGCCAACCCUGCUAUCGCCAUGGCGCCACAGCCGCAGCCGCCACAGCCACCGCAGCCACAACCACAACAGCAGCAGGCAUACAAGACCCCUCUACCAGGAUCCCCCCCGGCUGUCGCGCAUUCAGGGUCGGCCCUUGGGCCCUCAAACACACCCAUCUUGGGCGCCCCUCUUCCAUGUUCUACGUUCCUUCCACGUCCCGACCGGAGGCUGGCCGUGGUCGACCGCUGGAGGAUCCCAAAGACUGCCACAGCCAAUCAGAUGGGCGUAAGGAGUGGAAUGCCGGAGAUAGGACCGUACCCACAAAAGGUGGCUCCAACCUGGGCAGGGGCAAGUGCUGGGGGAUUGGAUGGAUACAAACGGUACUAUGGCCCAAUAGACCCAGAGGGCCUGGGGCCUUGUGUGGACCCGCAAGUAGCUGGCUCUCAGACCCCAAAAACAGCGCAGAGGGGCCACCCGCAACCCCCCCCAGCUGGUGUGGCAUUCUACCAAGAGAAAAGUGUGGAUCAUGGAGGGGGGAAGAAGGUGGUGGUUGGUGGCAGUGGAGGAGGUCAGGGGAAGGGGGUUAAAGGCUUGGGCACUCCCCGGCUGCAACCUAAAAGCCAGGCACCUGCCCCCUUGCCCCCUAAUCCCCCCCUACCACAACCCUCUCCCCCUCUCCCUUCCUCCUUCUGGAGAAAACGACGCCCCAAGAAGCCAAAGGACUCUGGAGGACCUUUGUAUGAGAAUAUCCUUCCCUUGGGAAGACAUGGGGGAGGCCGGGAUGGGGGGAGAAGGAGAAGCUGCCACUCCCCCUCCCUGCCACUGCCUGUACCUGUUCCCCUCUCCCCCACCUACACUCCACCCUCACCCUCACCUUCUAUCCCCUACACCUCCACCUCCAGCACAUCCUCUACCUCCAGCUCCUCUACUUCAUCUUCGGCAUCAUCUUCCCGCUCCACCUCCCCUUCCUCCACUGCUUCCUCAGUCUCUUCAAGGAGCACCAGAGAUCGGGAGGAGGCGAUGGACGAGGAGGAGGAUGAGGAGAUGGAGGAGCUGACAGAAGAGUCUAGCCUGCUGCUGGGGCGUGACAGGGAGCGUUCACUCAUUUCCCCUCGUUCGCUGACCCAUGGGCCCCCACCUCCUCCUGUUCCUCCACGCAAGCCCCGCCCACUUAGGGGGGAGAGGGAGCACGGGCGUGACAGAGGCGGCAGCCAGCUAGCCCAGCUUCAGGAAUGGUGGGCCAGUUGGGGGGAGAGGGAGAGAGAGAGGGAGAGGGGCGGAGAGGCAGUGGAUGCUGCAGAGAGGAGGCGUGAAAAGAAGUGGCGAAAAGAGAAAGAGAAGGAGAAGAGAAAGAAGAAGAAAAAGAACAAAAAGAAGAAGAAGAGAGAAGAGAGAGAGAGGGAGAGAGAGAGGGAGCGGAAGAGACAUAAAUUGAAAAAGAAGAAGAAGAAGGCACUGAAGACAAAAAAACGAAAAAAUAUGGUGAUGGGCAGGCGCUCUGAGCCAGAGGACGGGGACAUUGAGGCAGAGCGAGAGGGGGACGGGGAUCGGGAUCGUGAGCGGGAUCGAGAUGGGGGAGUGGCACAGGGCUAUACAUCCUACCCUCCACAGUAUCAUGGCCUGAGCAGGGAGUCAGCAUGGGAAGGGGACCGUGAGAGAGGGAGGCGGGAGGGGGAGGGUGAAGGGGGAGACAGGGAGAAGGAGGAAAGGAGUCGGGAUAGGCGCCCUAAAAGCUCGCAUUCCCAAUCCCGACACCGGGCUACUAGCAGGCGCUACUCCAACCUAAACAAGCUUCCGGCGUCCGUCAAGUUCUGGGUGAGCGGAGGCAGCGGUGGGGACCCAAGCCCUGACGGGCCGCACUCCUCUCUUCAUCCUCUCCUCCCAUCAUCAUCAAAGCGUCGCAGGAGUGGGGGGAGUGAGAGGGAGGCCGGGGGCAGGGGGGCAGAGAGACGGCCUUUGCUCCUGCAUUACGAGAGGGGCAGGGCCCACACCAGGGAAGGCCUGUCUUUUCAUGAAUGGGACUCCGAGGAAGAUGAGGAUGAGGAUGAGGAGGAACUGGAGGAGGAGCGGGAGAGGGCAGAGGAGCGAGGGCGCAGGGGAGGAGGGCGGAGAGCAGUGUCAGAGUCAGAGAGGGACAGGGCCAGGGCUGAGGACAGCUACUCUGACGAGGGCUCCUCGGGAGAAUUCGGUCAGUUUGAGCGGUACUGGGAGGGCAGUGUGGGUGGGGGCGCUUCGGGUAUCGGAGGAGGGGGCUGGUUUUUUGGGACCUAUCCAGCCAGGGAAAAAGGGGGCAGCGUAAACAGUCGGGACGACUUCUUUGUAGGGCGUGGCGAUGGAUGGGGGGCGAGUGGAGAUGGCUGGGGCUCAGGUGGGGGCAUUGGGUGGGGUUCAGGGGGUGGGAGUGGAGGGUUGGGAUCACAGUGGCCCCCCUUGCCCACAGCCCUACCGCCACCACGGAGGUACUGGUCUGUUGAUAAGCUCCCGAUGAAGGGGGACAAGAAGUUGAAAGGCAGCGGGAAGGGCAAAGGCAAAGUGCGGAGCCGGGAGCGGGAGGCGGCCUGCUUCUGCCAGCACCCUCACAGCCGGCCGCGCGCACACCCCAAGAGGGCCACCACCUCUUCCCACAGCCAGGAGGAGCUGCUGCCCCACUCACACAGCUUCAGCGGCGGCCCCCGGCCCAAGCUGCCCCCCAAACCAGAAACGAACCAGGCCAAGUCUGGAAGUCAGUCCAACCUCAGCACGCAGCCCACUCCCAUGAGCGAGCACCCUCCUCAGCCGGCGCCCUCCCCUCCGCAGCCUCUCAUCCCUGCCCUCCCCUCAUCUUCGCUUCCUGCCCCAUCGUCCUCUUCCCUCCCGGUUCCCAUCCCGCCGCCCCCAUCGUCCUCCCCGCCUGUCAUCUCUCCCACUACGGGUACCUCUCAAGGCUCCGCUGUGGCCACCACCAGUGCCAAACUGCAGUACCAGAGACUGCGCUCUGUGCCCCAGCCGCGGAGGUUCUACUCCCCACACCUGCCUCUCAAGGCCAAGAGCCUGUGCUCCCGCAGAGGCUCCGCCCACUUCUCCAGCCUGGAAAGUGAAGUAUGA